AUGGCGGCGGCCCGGCCAGACCCGGGUUCUGACCCCGCUGGCGGUUCCCGGUUCUUCUGCACAGCGGGCCGCGGCCUGGAGCCAUUCCUGAUGCGGGAGGUGCGCGCGCGGCUGGAGGCCACGCAGGUUGAAUAUAUUUCAGGAAAAGUGUUUUUCACUACUUGUUCAGAUUUGCCCUCGAUGAAGAAGUUAAAGUCAGCGGAAAGACUGUUUUUGUUGAUUAAGAAGCAGCUUCCCAUUGCAGUCUCUUCUGUGCACAAAGGAAGAAUACUUAAUGAGGUGCAAAGAUUUAUAAAUGAUGAUCCAGGAAGUUGGUUGGAGGCCAUUUCACUUUGGAAAAAACUUCUCGAACAUGAUACAAAACAAGUAAAAGUUUCUCAAAGAAAUGCUAACCCACUAAAACGGAAAGCAGGAGAAAAUGAAAUUAUGAUUGCUAAGAAAUUAAAAGUAGAGGCGAUACAAGUGGUUGCCGAGAGUCAUGGGGAAAGCCAGCCAGACAAACUACUGCAAAGCUCACCAGAGCAAGGGGAAGCUGUCACUAGAACGGACGAUCUUCAAGAACAGAGACUCGAUAGUGCCACAGACAAGGCAGCUGAUGCUCAGAACCAGGAGGACUUGACCUUCAGGGUUUCCUGUCGAUGCAGUGGAAAUAUCAGAAAGGUCGUCACCGGACAGGAGGCAGGAAGAGUGAUUGGACUUGCUCUCAUGAGGCAGUUUGGAUGGAAAGCUGAUUUGAGGAAUCCAAAUUUAGAGAUCUUCAUACACCUGAGUGACGCUUACUCUGUGGUGGGGAUUCCCCUGCUCAGAGUUCCCUUAGCCAACAGAACUUACAUCCAGACAGCCGGGCUGCGGUCAACUAUAGCGUGGGCUAUGGCAUCUGUUGCAGAAGUUAAGAAAUUCCUAUUUGAGCGUGUUGACGUGCUGUGCCAUCCUCCAAGCCAUUCAUCCUUUCUCAUGUGGUUUCCUCACAUUUUACCUCUCCAUUUGAGCUGUUCUUCUAAGUUCCAAGAGAAACAGAGACAUGAUCUCCCUGAAUCACUUGUUGUCAAACAUAUGAUUGGUACCAGAACACAAAUUUUCUUGCCUGAAGGAUUUUUCACUUCUUUCCUUCAGGUCCCUGACCUUGUCGUAAUAGGAGUCUCUGGUUCCUGCAUUCCAGAUUUACCACUGCCAUCCCAAAGUGUGGAUGUUAUUAUCUCUGACAUUCCAUUUGGAAAAAAAUUUAAGUUAGGAAAAGACAUCAAAAGCAUUCUACAAGAAAUGGAAAGAGUGCUGCGUGUUGGUGGCACCAUGGUCUUGUUGCUCAGUGAAGAUCACCACCAGCAUCUUACAGACUGUGGAGGCAGCAGGACUUCCCAGAACAAUGUCACUGACCCUGAGAUGAAGAUGCUUUUGAAUCCUGACAGAACUGGUGCACCAAACACAGCAUCACCUUCACAAAAAGCAAGUAGCCUGCAGUGUCUGAGCGGGGUGUUGCCCUGCAGCUCACUGGUGCUGGUGGAGUCCUUCAAAGUUAGCCUUGGGAAAACAGACGCCUUCAUAUGUAAGUACAAGAAGGCACACGCUUCAGGACUGUCCCCAGCUAGCUGCCGUGAGCCAGGUGCACAUCCCAAGAUGGCAACCAUGCAAGAAUCCCCUUGUCUCCAGGAUUCCUUAUAGCCCUGAAGCACCAAGUACACAGCCUCUAUGGGUGGAUGUGACCAAGAACACACUUGUCCAAUAAGACUUCCUGCUUUUGGACUCUUCAGUAUUCAGUUCUUGACAUAGAACAGCUGAUUACAAUUUUGAAAAGACUUGAUGUAAGAACUACUUCUUCCCAAAAGUCUAACUUUUAGAAAUGAGGAAACCUUUAUGUGUAACUGUUUUUAUAUAUUAAACUUGAUUUUUUUUAACCUGUAA